AUGUCGAAUCCUAGCGUGGCUCAACAUGCAUUAUCACUUAGAGACGUGCUCCUCGAAAUAUUCUUGUAUUUGACUCGGGGAGAGAUCGCAUCCAACGCUCGUGUUUGUAAAGUCUGGCAAAGUCUGGCCCUUGGCGAGGUCUGGCGCAAUGCAAGCAUCGUUGGCUUAGUUGCGCUAUUGGCGCCUUUGACGAGGAAGGAGCCAGACAUUAUGGUGUUCUCUCAUGCAAUUCAUGCAAGUGAUUGGGCGCGCUUUGACAAGUACGCGUGGCGUGUUCGCUGUAUAUGCUUCGAUGCGACCCCGUGCAAGUACGGCGACUCUGUCUUCUCGCAGAUUGCCCACGCAAGACCCCGGCUCAAUUUGCUUCCCAACUUAACCGAAAUCAAGCUCUGUGGUUCACAUCCAUUGUCAGUUGUAACUUUGUUCGGCCAUGCGUCGGUGAAGACACUUGCUAUUACAAGCACGGCAAUAGACGGGCUCUCAGAACUUGAUGAACAGUCGAUUACGGAGUCCUCCGCCAUGCUGAGCUACCUCCCUACGCAAAUGCCGAAUUUGCGCAACUUUCGUGUCGAGGCCAGCAGAGACCAAUCCCUUUUCUUUCUUGUGGGCCCCCUUACUCUCGCUCUCCGUAGCUUGUCUUUUCUGGAGGAAUUAUACCUUCCCGCCACCCUGAUAACGAACGAUAUGGUCAUAUCUCUUUCAUUACUCCCAUAUCUUCGAUGCAUUGAGAUGAUGCCAUCGAUCAACCCUGCGCCCUUGGAUUCCUUGCCCUCCAAUGGCUUCCCCUCUCUGAAAAUAUUUGGGGCGAGGGCAAGCAUUGCUCAGGCCGCCUUGUGGUUCUUCAAACCUGGUUUCGCAAAAGACUUGACCAGCCUGUCUUUCAGCUCCCCGUAUAUGGCAAGUUAUUCGUCAACUGAAUCGUAUCGCGACCUCGCUGCGAUGAUUGCUUCGAACUUCAAACUCCUCGUUCACCUUUCCCUUUCCCCAGCCAUCAGCCCAUUCACGUUAUUACCCUUCGAUGUUUUGGAGCCCAUCCUCUCUUUGUCAACUUUACAGACAUUGAGGAUAAUGAAUCAAGAUACCAUAGAGGUUAAACAGGACGAUCUUGUGAAAAUAUUCAAGUCGCUACCCAACCUCACUCUCCUUUCCUUCCAGCUUGAUCCACAUUACCUGCCCAAAUUCUCCAUCGCCACACUUGCUGCUCUCUCUCCCCUCGCCCCAAACCUGACAACCCUCGCGCUUACCUUCAAUGACGGCUUAUCCGACGACCUCGAUGUCGACACAGUCGUCCCAUUUCGCAAGCUCCGCAUGUUAGAUGUAGGGCGCUCCCCGAUCGUCGCGCCAGUCCAAGUAGCAUCGUUCCUGAGCCGCGCUCUUCCCGAUAGAUGUGCCCUCGGGUUCGACUCGAAGGGAGAUUCAGCUUGGGAGAAGGUCCAGGAGUUGCUCCCUGCUUUCACGCAAGUGCGCCAAGAAGAGCGCAGACUUACCCUCACGUCGAUUCGACCCAAGUCCGCAUGA